CGCUGUUCCCGGUCAGGCGCUCUCCGGACUGCUAAACCUCGCGUCACCGUGUGACGUGAAGGACCUCCUCCUUCGACACACAGCAGCAGUAAUGGCGGACUUCGACAACUACGACGAGCGGGACCGGGCCUACUGCAGCUUCGGGGGCGGCAGAGGGCCCCGCGGAGGCGGCGGCGGCUCCGGAGGCUCCAGGAAGCAGAAGGAGCUCCCCACGGAGCCUCCGUUCACGGCGUACGUGGGAAACCUGCCCUUCAACACGGUGCAGGGAGACAUCGACAUCAUCUUCAAAGAGCUCAACAUGCGCAGCGUCCGAUUGGUCAGAGACAAAGAGACGGAUAAGUUCAAAGGGUUCUGUUACGUGGAGUUUGAAGAUGUGGAAUCUCUAAAAGAAGCUCUGACCUACGACGGAGCUCUGUUAGAUCAGAGGUCACUGAGGGUUGAUAUCGCAGAGGGACGAAAGCAAGAGCGAGGAGGUGGUGGUGGAGGAGGAUUUGGCUUCAGGAAGGACGACGCCAGAGGUAUGAACGCCGAAGACCAGACAGGAAGCCGAGGAGGUUCUCGAGGAGCUCCCAGAGGAGGAGGACGGGAUUUCAAUGAGGACUUCGAGCAGCAAGGAGGAGGUUUCAGAGAUGACGACUUCAUGGGAUCACGGGGUCGAGGCGGCGCCGGCGGCAGUCGACCCGGAGACAGAAGGGGCGGAGCUGGAGGACCAGGAGGACCCGGAGGUGGAGGACCGGCUCGCUUCCGAGAGGGGCCCCCCCGCGGAGCCACCCCGGACUUCAGGGAACCUUCUGACGAGGAGCGAGCACAGAGGCCUCGGCUGCAGCUGAAGCCUCGGACCGUCUCCGAGCCGCUGAACCAGGUGGCCAACCCAAACUCUGCCAUCUUUGGUGGAGCCAAACCGCGAGAGGAGGCGACUCCCCCAGAACAACCAUAAGAGGCUGAGGAGGGGGAGGAGAGCACUGAUUUAUCUCUAUCAGCAACCCCCCCCCCCCAUACACACACCCCCGGGGUGGCGCUCUCAUCCCAGUGUCACCAGCAGGACAGAAGAAACUAAAGGUCUUCGUGCUGUUCUGUUUGAUCCGUGUGCAUCUUGUCAACGCAGACUGCUACCAAUAAAGUUUUUUUUUUUGUAAAGAUUGAAGUUUUGAAUGAACCGCAGAAGUCCAAAUUAUUGUCACUGUCGAUAUGAUCAAUGAAGUUUUAUUUUUAGUUAAAGCUGUCAUUUCCUGCGUUUCAUCCGUACCUCCUGUAUGUGGAACCUGGUCCAGAUGUGAGCGGGUCGGGGUUCUAACCCGCAGCGCUUUGUGCUCUGUACUAUAGAAUACAACGGGCUGUUUUAACUUUACUUUGUUUUCCUACACUGUUUAUGGCAAUAAAACUCUCAUCGUCAUCA